CUCGACAGCUGAUUCAAUAGGAUUACGAUGUUUUUUGUAAUAUUUAAAAAGUAGACAAACAGUUACCAUUAAAAUUUAUACGGUAUUUGAUAUACUUGUGACAGUUGCCAUAAUUGCAUAACAUAUUAUAUUGUCUGUGUAUUUAAAUUAUAAAAUGAUUAUCUCUAAGACAACGGUAUCUUUGUUAUGUGUGCUUUUGUUGUUAUCAAUAAUGAUGGCAAAUUUUCUAAAUUCCAUUGCAACUGACCACAAUUUUUAUACUGAGAGUAAUAAUGAAGGAUUAAAUUAUACAAACUACCUCGGUAAAAAAUAUGGUCCAAUAGGCGAUGGCACCAAAAAUUUGAUUUGGUUUUUACAAAUAUCUGAUAUACAUAUAAGUAUAUUUCGUGACCCUGGGAGAAUAUUACAGUUCCAAAAAUUCUGUGACACUACUGUAAGAAAGAUUAUGCCACUCCUGGUAUUAGCAACUGGGGACUUGACUGAUGCUAAAGCCAAAGACAAUUUGGGUAGUUCACAAGUCCAAACAGAAUGGGUUUACUAUUACAACAUUAUUAAAGAGUCAGGAGUUACAAAAAAUAUAGUUUGGUUGGACAUCCGAGGAAAUCAUGAUAAUUUCAACAUUCAAACUAUAAAUUCACGAGAGAAUUAUUUCAGAAACUAUUCUGUACAAGGAGCUACUCAUACAAAAUCAUAUGUUCACUUUGAAAACAAGAAUGGUGUUAACAUUGCAUUUUUAGGCAUCGAUGCUUGUCCAGAGCCAGGGCUGAGAAGGCCUUUCAAUUUUAUAGGACUUUUAGACAUACAAGAACAACAACAUAUACAAAAAUUAAAAGCAGAAGCUGAUAAAGCUGAUCAUAUUAUUUGGUUUGGUCAUUAUCCAACCUCAUGUAUAUUGUCUUUAGAAAACGAUUCUCAAAGAUUGAACUUGCGGGAACUGAUGGGUAGCAGCCCUGGGUCGCAGGUCUAUGUAUGUGGCCAUUUACAUUCCAUGGGUGGAUUGGUUCCAAAUAUGUAUACAAAACAGAAGAAAGGCUAUUUAGAACUGGAGUUAGGUGACUGGAAGGACAAUCGAAUGUUUCGUUUGGCUGCUAUUGAUCAUGGAAUUUUCUCAUUUGUGGAUCAAAAACACAAUACGUGGCCUCUCGUUUUGGUGACAAAUCCAAAACAUGCACGAUAUAUGAUGCCCGGCCGGGAACCUCUUCAGUUGAUUCCUCAUUCAACUCAUAUAAGAAUAUUAGCUUUUAGUAACGUUAAAAUUAUUGAUGUUAAAAUUUCUUUUGACCAAAUUAGUUGGAUGAAAUGUAGACAUACAGAGGGACCGCUGUAUGUGUGUCAAUGGCGACCACAUCUAUUUGCAACUGGUUUACACUAUAUUCACGUAAUAGUCACUGAUAAGUCGGGUAAAGAGGCAGUGGUUGAACAUCCAUUUUCUUUAGAUGGAUCUCUAGUUAAUUUUGAUGUAACGCCAAGAUUACUACUCAUGACGGAUGCUGCUGUUUUAUUUCAGGGCAUAUUUGCUACGCUUAUUCUGUUAAGUGUGGUGCCAUUAGUAACUUUGAGACUGCAGAAGUGUCCACCAAAAUAUCGUAGGAGAUUUGGCUGCAAUGUUCUUAGAAGAGUUUGGUUACUCACCAAAAUUGAUAGAAUAUUUUACCCUCUCAUUCUGUACACAGCGUAUUUGCCAUUUGGACCGUGGGCGAUUGGUGAAUUAAUAGAUGAUCAUAUAGGAGUUGUUUUUGCUUGGGGUAUAGUAAUAAGGGGUUCAUUUUUACCAGAAGCCUUUACAUAUAUGUAUGGAAGUGUCCAAUUAAUGUUUGUACAAAUACCUCUUAUUUUUGUACUUGCACGUUCUUUAGAAAAUAGGCUAUUUAGUCACCAUGAAAGAGGCUAUAAACGGUUAAUAAAGAACCUGCCAUUUAUUUUUCUUUUAUCAAUACAGUUACUGUUAGCGUAUUUCUUUUGGCUUGAAUAUGGUACGAUGGCAUUUAUGUUAGGUCCAUUAAGAACGUGGAGUAUCCCAUUGAGUGUAUACUUAUGGUUAAAAACAUCAAAUCUACCAUUUGAUUAUUGUAGAAAACUAAAAAACUUAAAUAAUUUGCCCUCAUAGUGCUGCAAGUAAUGUGAUAUGGCAACCAAUUAAAAGUGGAUAUAAUCCAAUUAAUCGAUGUUAGAGCUUUAUAAUAAAGACUAUUAAUUUAGAAGAAUCUUAUACAUUGAAGAAACGAAACUCAUUUGAUUUAGGUAUUUGACGCUAAAAGGCUUUUGGAUAAUUUAACAUUUAUACAUAUUUAUUUGCACCAAAGAUUAGAACGAAAGCACAUUCCUAUUCUACUUAUUUGUGUUUUAUGUAUUUGACUUCUUAAACUCUGUUUGAGUUUUAUUUAAAAAAUAUCAUAGUUUUAUAACCAACAGAGUAAUUAUUCGUAUGACGAAUAAUUAUUUAUUUGAUAAGUAUUUAUAUUACAUUAGGUAUUCAAAUAGUAUUAUGUACUAUCACCAGCUUUUUACCCGCUACUUCGUACGCGUGGGUUUAGGCGAUGAAGCAGACCAUUUGUAGAUGAAAGUGAGUAAGACAAAGCAUUCAUCAGAUUUUAAGUUAGACGUUCAGAAACACAAUUGUGAAAUCCACAUCCAAUUUAGUGCAGUAAUUUUUGCCGCGAUGCCGGAACAAACAUACAGACAGACGGACAGACGAAAUUUCUAAAAAUUAUUGUAUUAACACCUCUUAAUCUUAUAUUAUUUUUUUCUUAAUUAUGUACAGACAUCGUCUAAUAACAAUUUUAUUAGUAAGAUUUUAAAGUUAUUUAUUGUUCAGUUGUAUUAUUAGCGUUUAGUGAAAUAGGAUCCGAUUGGCUGUAUUUAUUUAUAAAACUACCUAUUUAAUGUGAACCACACCAAUGUCUCAGCGUCUGAAUGUUAAUAUUUUAAAUAUGUAGUUAUUAAAAAAAUCACAUUGUAGUUUUAGAAAAAUAUCACUGAUUAUGCAUCUUACAUUUUGUGAAUAUAUAUCUUUAAGUUUAUUAUAAUAAUUUAAGAUUAUGUUGCACAAAAAUGCUAAUUCAAUCGUGAUGAAAUUAGUAUAGCUGUAAUGGAAGAAUAUGAUAUCGAUUGCAAUUAACUAAAACUUUACUAAAAUCAGUUCAGUGUUAGGGAAAAUAUAUAUACAGAGUUGAAAAUCAAAAAUGUUUUUACUAGCGAUGUCGUUAUGUGAAUUUGUAUUCAAGCUUAAUGUAGGUAUUUUGUAUAAAAAGAAGAUUUAGGUACACCUUUGUCGAUACCAAGAUUAAUAGACACGUGGCAUUAAUAUUGUUAUUAAAUAGCCGUUUCAUUCGCACACAUAAUAACACACCUAGUAGGUAAAAUUUCUUAUCCCGAACACUGUAUUAUAUAUUAUUAGCAAUGGAGUACCAAAUGAUAAAUUAUAUGUGUAUAUAGCUAUGUGUAUAUGUGUACGUCUCAAUCCAAAACUGUAAAAAAUAUUCUAUGUUAGAAGUAUAUGUACAGUACCGUUCAAAAGUAUUUGGCUAUCUAGUAAAAUAAAUUUUAUAAAAGUCUGA